AUGGUAAACGCAUAUAAGAGACCAAAGAAAGUGACCAUAGGAGGGAUGUAUUAUAGUAAGGAAUAUUUUAGUAGGAGAAGAAAUUAUUAUUAUGGGUAUAACAAAUAUAAGAAUUAUAGUUACUACUAUAAAUUACAAAAUUAUAAGAAAAUGAAUAAUUACGAAGAGCAGGAAGAAAAGGAAAAAGAAAAAAAUUAUAAGGACUUGAAUAAUAAUUUAUCAAAAGGAGUAGGUCGCAGGAAACACAAAAUGCAGAAUGAAAUGGGCAUGACAGAGGUAAAAGGGAAGAAGAGAGGAUAUAGUAGAAAAAAAAAAUGUAUUAUUAAAAUUCUUAAGAGGCCAACAGAUGGCAUGACGAAUGAAGAAAGGGAGCAGAAGUUGGCAGGCACGAAUGGAAGAAGUGGUAGUAAUAUAACAAAGGAGAAAAAUCAGAAUAAGAAAGAGGAGGAGAAUACUGAAAACAACAUUGACAAGGAUAGUAAUGAUGUAGAAAGGAAGGAUGUAAAGAAAGAGAAAAAGAGUAAAAAACAAAAGUUGGAAACGAGUUUAACCAAGAUAAAAAAAUCGAAAGAAGUUUUUAAGUUUACCUCAACACAGGAGUUGUUUAAUUUGCUUUUGAAAGAUGUUAAGGAUUCUGCAGAAGAAGAAACCGUGGGAAAGAAUAAAAAAAACAACAAAAGUAGUAGCAGCAGCGACAGCCACAACAAAAUUAUAUCAAAUGGACCUUCAAUGGAGCACAAUGAAAUUAAGAACAAAAAAGAAAGUGCAAAGAAAAUGGAAAAAAAAAAGAGCAAAUCGAACUGUAUUAAGAAGACAAGCAUUAUAAAGAUAGAAGCAAAAGGUGAAGGUAAGGAACAAGAAGAUGAAAAGAAAAAAAAUAAGAAGAAUAUUCUUAAGGUACAUGCAGAUGUUAUGAGAAAGAAUGAGGUAGAUAUCUUUACGCAGAGAAGCGAUCAUAUUUUGAAGGAAUGUGUGAACAGUUAUAGUCGUGGUAGUUGCAGUAGUAGUAAUAACAAAAGAAGUGGAAGCAUUAACAGCGGAGGUAGCAGUAAGAACAAUAUCAGUAGUAAUAGCAGCAGUAGCAACAACAACAACAACAACAACAACAGUUUUGUUGAUUGGAAGAAUAAUUUGAGUGAGAUUUCCAUGGCCGACAAGUUUUAUAAUGCACGAAUUAAGGGAUCCAAUAAUAAUAGCGGUUAUUACUACAAUAGUUGUGAAGAUAAUUGCAUUUUACUUAAGAGCAAGAACAAUAGCAGCAACAGCAGCAGCAAGUAUUAUAAUACAAAGAACGUAGAAAAUGGCACAAUUAGCGAGAAAAAACUCAUGAAAGUGAUGAAAAAUGUAGAUGGUAAUAAUAAAUAUUGUACUAAUAAGAAAGCAGUAGAAGUAGCUGGGGUAGGAGGUGUAGGUGCCUUAGUUGGAGGAAAAGAUAGCAAUUAUUUGAAAUGUUCAUCAUCCAAAUAUGCAUGUUCAAGUACCAACGCGAAUUUAUUAUUAAGUCAUUCACAAAAAUUGGAAUUACUUAAAAAUAAUAGUUUGAAGAAUGAGGAAUUGAAAAAAUUAAAGAAGGAAGAGGAAGAAGGUUUCUUUGCCAUACCCUUAUAUAUGAGAUCACCCAAACCGGAGCAAAUACCAAUACCAGUUUACUUAUCAGAGGAUGUUAUGAACAACGCAGGUAGUAAAGAGAUAGAAAUUUUUUCUAAUGGCAGAGAUGAUGAGGUGGAGGGAGGUAACAAUAAUAUUAUUAACGAUAAUGGUAUUAAUAAUAAUUCAUUUGUGAAUAGUGCAAGUGGGAACAGUGUAGGAAUUAUGAAAACGAUAGGAGAAAGCUUCAGCAAUAACAAAACAUACAAAGAUAAGACGACAGCAAGAAAUAGUAGUAAUAAUAAUAAUAGUAAUGGUAAUACCCCAGUUGUGAAAGCUAGCAAGAAUUAUACAAAAAAUGUAAAUGAUUUUAAAAAUAUGCACAAAGAGAACGAGAACCCAUUAAAUUUUGCGAAAAAAAAUCUGGAAAAAAAAAAGAAAAAAACUUUCCUGAACAGAAAUUAUAAUAAUGUAAUGCUGUUCAAUAUGGAACCAAAUAACUCGAAACAAAAUCAUGAUCCGCUGAAUAUUGGAAGUAUGAAAACUAACAAGCUGUAUAAUAAUAAUAAUAUACAUUCGUCAUAUAUGACCAAAACAUCUAAUUAUAAUGGAUGCAAUCUGCAUAAAUAUGUUAAAAAUUCUAAGGUGGAAAAAUAUUUUUACAAUAAGAAGUAUAAAGUUAAAACGUACUUUAAGGAAAAUCACAGAAAUAAAAAUUUUUACCCUUUAAAAGAUGUUAAAAUUGCGGCAUAUUAA